ACACUCCAAUUUUGUACUUGAGUUUUAAUAAGAUAGAUACUGAUGUAAAAAGAAAAUCAGUAUUAAGACUGGAAAAUUUAUUGACAACAUAAAAUGAAUAAUUAAUUUAAUAUAACAAAAAAAUCUCACUAAUUAAUUCACAAUCACAAAAUUAAAGAGAUUUACCUUAAACUUCGUAGUAAAAUGUUUCUUUCUAGAAGCGGUUUUCAAUAAUAUCAUAAUAGCUUUUUAUUAAAUGGGUAUAUUUUUUAUACAAUUCUUUAGAUAUCAGAUUAAAUUUGAUUUCACUAAUAAGUUUUCUAUGAAAUAAUUUUAAAUAAUUUAAUCCAUUAAUCAAACAAUUGAGGGUAAAUAUUUGAAAAAUAUAAUUUACAAAAAGAUCUCUGAUUAAAAUGAAUAAAUGGAGUCCAUUUAUAAUUAAUUACAUAUGAAGAUCUGAUGGUGGGAAGAAACAGAAGCACAAAACAAAGAAGAAGAAAAUUCAGUUGCUUUCUCUCUCAUCUAUCUUCUUCUCUCUCGACACAAAAGAGAAAAAAAAAAAAACCAGAUCUCUGUGGCUCCGGCUUUUUGGCGGCGCGUGAGCGUCCGUUCGAAGUCGGGAGCCCUCCUCUUCUCCUUAAUCCUCUCCUUUUUCUCUUUGCUUCUCUCUUGUGACCUUCACUUGCUCUGCUUUGCUUGCUGCUCUGUUCCAAGGGUUUCGCUUAAGACGUCUUCGCACGUGAGGAGCUCCGUCUCCGGUGUAGAUUGCGAGGGUUGGAGCAACGGCGCGGGGUCUGUGUAUUCUCAGGCUGAGGAGUCGGCUUUUAGGGCUGUGCAAGGGGCUCCUUUAACCCCUUGGAGGGCCAGUAGCGCGUGGAGACGGGUUGGAGUCUCGCCGUCGGUUUCUUCUGCAGUCUUCGGUCUGUCUUGGUCUCGACGAGCGAUGGUUGUGUGGUGUCGGUUCUCUGUCUUUUCCUGGGCGUCUAGGUCAAGCGGGAUCUAUAGUACUUGCGAUUUGAGAGCUUCGGAGGUCCGUUUACUCGAAGGUGUUUGUAGCUCGUGUUGUCGGCGUGUGUCGAAGCACGCGGUGGUCUUGCGUGAAGUGCUGCUCCGGAGCGGUGUUGGAGGCGUCGUCCAUGGCAUCUCCAAGGCGAUGUUGCGGCCUUCCUCUCAGUCUUCCUCCCUCUUCCCGUCUAUUCGGUGUCGACAAGCGGAGCGUGUCGACUUGCUCCUGCUUGGUCUCACUCCUGUUUGUGUUUGUUCAAGCUUCAUCCUUGCCACAGGUUGCUGCUUUAGGCGUCAAGAACUUACCUCUACCCGGUUCUCGGAGGAGGCGACCUUCGAGGGUCUCGAGCGUCUCUGUUUGUCAGCGGAGUCUCCUCAUCCUUCGGUGGCUUGGUCGGUGGAGGCGGCACUUCCCAGCGCCGUGAGUUUGUUGAGCUCAUGGUGGUGUUGCUUCUCUACUGUUUUUGCAGGUCUUGGAGUGUCUUCGGCUUCGUUUAGUUGCGACUGGACCAAGUCCGUCUUUUGGCGUCAUAGAAGUCUUGCACAUCGAGUUAGGAGCGUUUUUCACUUGGUGUAGCUUCUAAUUCCUACUUCUAUUUUCGUCUACGCGCUCAUUGGUGAAAGUUAUGAGCCCAAAGAGAUCCCCGAGAGCUAGCUACUUCGGGAAUGACAUGGAAGUUCCCGGCAUCCGAGGUAACGAGGAGAACCUCACGGUUCCAUGGUCAUCAUUUUCGGUGAGAACAUCAAUCGGGUCCUAAGAAUUUUAAAAUCAUGCUACCGGAACGUGCCGGGUUUAGUGGGUGGGCGAACGUAGUUUGUAAUACAUUGACUUAGGAGCUUUUGUUUAAUUUGGGCUUGUAACUGGAUCUAAAAUUCCCGUUUUCGGGUUGAAUUAAAUAUAUCUAUUAAAAAAAAAAAAAAAAAGAUCUGAUGGUAAAGAAAAGAAAGAGAAAAACGAUGGGGAUUAUCCAACAACACUGUUCCCUGAAAGUUUGGUUUCGACGCAGAAGAAAGGUUGUGUGAGGCAACGUCACCACCUGACCAGUGACCACCAUGUUUCCUAAUUUUCUGAACCAUAUACCUUUCCAAGAAAAUAGUUAUUAUCAAAAUAUUUUGAUAGUUCCAGUAGAAAUAACAUACAAAUAAUAAUCUAUUUUUGAUAAAACCAUUCUACUCAUAUAUUUAUUUAUGUGAUAAUGCUGACCUAUGAAAGUGAAAUUAGAAUUUAACUCUAUUUAUUUGAAGUAAUGUAAUAUACUCAACAUUAUUAAAAAUAUUAUAAUGGAACCUUUUCUGUCGAGCCUUUAUAAUUAUUUAAUAAAAUGAAAGGAAUAUAAUCAAGAUUUACAUAAAUAUUUCAUGAUAUUCGAAAAGGCAGAGAGACACGGUGACACCCCUUGUUCUCCAAGAAAAUUAACAACUUCACCAAUCACGCCUUCUAGACGCAAGUCAAAGUAAUAUUUAAAAUCUUAAAUUCUAUUUGAACGCGUUUUAUUAACAUUAUUUUUUCAUCAGAUAAAUCACAGUUGGCUCAUAAUUCAUUCUAUUAUUCCCAGAUUUUGUAUUGAUUCUUUUCUUUAAUUGCAUAACUCUCACAAGUUUUUUUUAAACUUACCUUUUUUAUUUGUAAUUGCAUACGUAUUGUUGAUAAUAACGUAUCUACUAAUGAGACUAAUUUAAUGUUAGAAAAUAGUUUUAAAUUAAAGUUAAUUAGAUUAUAGCUGAAAGAGAGAGAGAAGACGUAGAAGAACAAGCAGACCCUAAAGUACCUGCACUAGUUCAGAUUUGCAGUCCUUUUAAUUAAAAAAAACAAACUACUGAAAUUCAGACAUAAAAAUCAAAUCUGUCUUUCUCUAGUUUCUGAAUAUCCUGAGAAAACACAAGAGAAGAAAAAGACAGCUACAUAGACACGAAAGAAAGAAGAGAGAGAGGGAGAGAGAAAAGCUGCAUUUUUUUUAUGAGCUCUUAGCUUAUUGAUCUACCAUUGCCGACAAACUCUAGCAGAAGAAUCAAGCUUUAUCCACUGAGAUGGGUUUAUGUUAGUUUUUGUUCAUGUUAUCAACAGAUUCCUGGUUUGAUCCAAAAGAUGAAACAUUAAGGAAGAUCAUCAACUUGGCUUCUUGAGUUAAAAAAAAGACACAAGAUUUGAGAAAUGGCUCGAGGUAGGAUAAGAUCAAAGCUACGACUAAGCAAUCUCUAUACAUUCGGAUGCCUUAGACCGAGCACACUCGAAGGCGAAGACCCUCCACACCCACUCCAAGGCCCAGGGUUCACCCGGACAGUGUUCUGUAACCAGCCUCACAUGCACAAGAAGAAGCCUCUUAGAUACCGUUCCAACUACGUCUCCACCACCAGAUACAACCUCAUAACGUUCUUCCCUAAAUCCUUAUACGAGCAGUUCCACCGCGCCGCGAACCUCUACUUCCUGGUAGCCGCCAUCCUCUCCGUCUUCCCUCUCUCCCCCUUCAACAAAUGGAGCAUGAUCGCUCCUUUAGUCUUCGUCGUGGGGCUCAGCAUGAUGAAAGAGGCUCUGGAGGAUUGGCGCAGGUUCAUCCAAGACGUGAAGAUCAACGCGAGGAAGACGUGUGUUCAUAAAACUGAUGGUGGAUUUCGUUCUAGAAAGUGGAAGAAGGUUAGAGUUGGAGACGUUGUGAAGGUGGAGAAGGACGAGUUCUUCCCUGCUGAUUUGCUUCUUCUGUCGUCUAGCUACGAGGAUGGGAUUUGUUAUGUUGAGACUAUGAACUUAGAUGGUGAAACGAACUUGAAAGUGAAGAGGUCUUUGGAAGUGACACUACCACUAGAUGAUGAUGAGUCUUUUAAAAACUUCAUGGGGACUAUAAGAUGUGAAGAUCCAAACCCAAGUCUCUACACCUUCGUUGGGAAUCUUGAGUAUCAGCGUCAAACAUUUCCUUUGGAUCCAAGUCAGGUUCUGUUAAGAGACUCAAAGCUUAGGAACACAGCUUACGUCUACGGAGUGGUGGUCUUCACAGGUCACGACACUAAAGUUAUGCAAAACUCAACGAAGUCACCUUCAAAGAGAAGCAGAAUCGAAAGGACAAUGGACUACAUCAUCUACACGCUUCUAGUCCUACUCAUCUUGAUCUCUUGCAUCAGCUCAUCAGGCUUCGCUUGGGAGACAGAGUUCCACAUGCCGAAGAUGUGGUACUUGCGACCUGACGCCCCCGAGGAUCUAACCAACCCUAUAAGUCCAGUCUACGCUGGCGUUGUCCAUCUCAUCACCGCUCUGUUGCUUUACGGAUACUUGAUUCCAAUCUCUCUUUAUGUCUCUAUAGAAGUUGUCAAAGUCUGGCAAGCAAGUUUUAUUAAUCAAGACUUGCGCAUGUACGAUGAUGAGAGUGGCGUCCCCGCGCAAGCGCGAACUUCGAAUCUAAACGAAGAGCUUGGUCAGGUGCAUACUAUACUCUCUGAUAAGACGGGGACGUUGACGUGUAACCAGAUGGAUUUCUUGAAAUGUUCCAUCGCUGGUGCUUCUUAUGGUGUUCGUUCAAGCGAAGUGGAGCUAGCUGCUGCUAAGCAGAUGGCUGUUGAUCGUGAAGAGCAUGGAGAGAUGGUAACAAGUACUAGAGUGUAUGGUACGUGUGACAGUAGCGGCACGCGUGAGAUAGAGGUGGAAAGUGGAGGGGAUAAUAAUGACAAUCCUAGAGUUCCUAUAAAGGGGUUUGGUUUUGAGGAUAACAGGCUCAUGAAUGGGAACUGGUUAAGGGAGUCGCAGCCAAAUGAUAUCUUGCAGUUCUUUAGGAUAUUAGCUAUUUGUCACACGGCGAUUCCUGAGCUGGACGAGGAGAGUGGUAAGUACACUUAUGAAGCAGAGUCGCCUGAUGAGGCUUCUUUUCUUGCUGCUGCUAGAGAGUUUGGUUUUGAGUUUUGUAAGAGGACUCAGUCAAGCGUGUUUGUCCGUGAGAGAUUCUCUUCUUCAGGGCAAGUAAUAGAGAGGGAGUAUAAAGUUCUGAAUCUGUUGGAAUUCACAAGCAAAAGAAAGAGAAUGUCCGUGAUUGUAAGGGAUGAGGAAGGGCAGAUUCUUCUACUAUGCAAAGGAGCCGACAGCAUUAUCUUUGAUCGGUUGGCAAAGAAUGGGAAGACAUACUUGGGACCUACAACUAGGCAUUUAACUGAGUAUGGAGAAGCUGGGCUACGUACACUCGCACUUGCUUACAGAAAGCUUGAUGAGGAGGAAUAUACAGCUUGGAACUCUGAGUUUCUCAAGGCUAAGACUUCAAUAGGAUCUGAUAGAGAUGAGCUGCUUGAGAAGGGAUCGGAUAUGAUUGAAAAGGAGCUUAUCCUUGUUGGUGCUACUGCUGUGGAGGACAAACUUCAGAAAGGGGUUCCUCAAUGCAUAGAUAAACUUGCUCAAGCUGGUCUCAAACUAUGGGUUUUAACUGGGGACAAAAUGGAAACAGCAAUCAACAUUGGAUUUGCGUGUAGUUUACUUAGGCAAGGCAUGAGACAGAUCUGCAUAACAUCAAUAAAUCCAGAUGGAGGAUCCCAAGAUUCAAAAAGGGCUGUGAAGGAGAACAUUUUGAAUCAACUCACUAAAGCUGUACAAAUGGUGAAGCUAGAGACGGAUCCGCAUGCUGCGUUUGCUUUGAUCAUUGACGGGAAAACACUAACUUAUGCAUUGGAGGAUGAUAUGAAGUAUCAGUUCUUGGCUUUAGCAGUUGACUGUGCGUCAGUCAUCUGCUGUCGCGUGUCUCCCAAGCAAAAGGCUUUGGUAACAAGGCUGGUUAAAGAAGGAACCGGAAGAACCACACUGGCAAUAGGCGAUGGUGCAAAUGAUGUUGGGAUGAUUCAAGAAGCUGACAUUGGUGUAGGAAUCAGUGGAGUUGAAGGCAUGCAGGCUGUUAUGGCUAGUGACUUUUCCAUUGCGCAGUUUCGGUUCUUGGAACGAUUACUCGUCGUCCAUGGACACUGGUGCUACAAAAGAAUAGCUCAAAUGAUAUGCUAUUUCUUCUACAAGAACAUAGCAUUUGGUCUCACUCUCUUCUACUUUGAAGCCUUCACUGGAUUCUCCGGACAAUCAGUGUACAACGACUAUUACCUACUGCUCUUCAAUGUUGUCCUUACCUCAUUGCCAGUGAUUGCCCUUGGAGUCUUUGAACAGGAUGUUUCCUCCGAAAUCUGUUUACAAUUUCCUGCUUUAUACCAACAAGGCACAAAGAACCUCUUCUUUGAUUGGUCAAGAAUCCUUGGAUGGAUGUGCAACGGCGUCUACUCAUCGCUAGUCAUAUUCUUCCUCAACAUCGGAAUCAUCUACUCACAAGCCUUCAGAGCAGGUGGCCAAACAGCUGACAUGGAUGCUGUCGGCACAACCAUGUUCACUUGCAUCAUAUGGGCAGUCAAUGUUCAAAUCGCGUUAACCAUGUCCCACUUCACUUGGAUCCAACACGUUCUGAUAUGGGGAAGCAUCGGUCUGUGGUAUCUCUUCCUAGCUCUCUUCGGGAUGAUGCGCCCAAGCCUCUCCGGAAACAUUUACAGUAUCCUCGAUGAGAUUCUUGGUCCUGCGCCUAUCUACUGGAUGGCUACGUUGCUGGUCACGGUGGCUGCGGUUCUUCCUUACGUUGCUCACAUUGCUUUCCAGAGGUUCUUGAAUCCGUUGGAUCAUCAUAUCAUACAAGAGAUUAAAUACUACAAAAGAGAUGUUGAGGACGCGAGGAUGUGGACCAGAGAGGGUAGUAAAGCGAGAGAGAAGACCAAGAUUGGGUUCACAGCUAGAGUUGACGCAAAGAUCAGGCAUCUAAGGUCGAAACUGAACAAGAAACAGUCGAAUUUGUCGCAUUUUUCAGCUGAAGAUGCAAUGUCACCUAGAUCAUUGUAGCAUGUAUAGGUUUGUUUUUUCUUACAGGUCCCCAAUUCUCUGAUGCCUUGAGAGUUUUGGAGAGGUCUUAGAGUGAGAUCAGUCUGUAAAGAGUAGUAGCUGAUGUUUUUUUUCUAUUAUUUUGUUGGCUUCUCAUUUUUUUUUAUUAACAUGCUUUGUUUCUUUUGUAUACUAUAUACUUAGGAUUUGUUUAUACUUAGGAGUUAGGACAGAAUGCAAAAACUUUAACAAAGCAUCUUCCUUUGUGCCUCUUCUGCUCCUAUCUCUAAUCAUAAUUAAUUGGUGCAUAUUAUGAAUUCUAUGUACAAUAUUAAUAUAUAAUGGUUGCUUAACAGUAA